UGACACGAAGUGAGUCCGUUCCGGUUCGGUCGUCACUAGAAGCGUUGGUCGUAAAGAUCUUCCAGAGACGGUGUAUCAAUUUUCGUUUCUUCCUCCACGAAAAAUAUCUCUCGUCUGCUGAAUAAAAUCUUCUUGAUUUAGAGAUGGCGGCUGCUUUGUCGAGCAGGUUUCUCAACACCGUUCGUUGUAACAGAUUGGCAUCUGUGUCAUCAGUCUAUCAAAAUGGGAUGAUGAGGUACUCAUCUUCAGUGCCCAGCGAUUCAGACACACAUGAUGACUUCAAGCCUACACAGAAAGUUCCUCCUGGUGGUUCCACUGACUCGUUAAAGGAUCUCGUUGAGAAUGAUGUGAAGGAGAAUCCUGUUAUGCUCUACAUGAAAGGAGUCCCUGAAGCUCCUCAGUGUGGGUUUAGCUCUCUAGCCGUGAGGGUUCUCCAACAAUAUAAUGUUCCUAUAGGUGCCAGGAACAUUCUUGAAGAUCCAGAGUUGAAAAAUGCUGUGAAAUCAUUCAGCCAUUGGCCUACAUUUCCACAGAUCUUCAUCAAGGGAGAGUUUAUUGGAGGCUCAGACAUCAUCCUCAACAUGCACAAGGAAGGUGAACUGGAGGAGAAGCUUAAAGACGUCUCUGCAAACCAUAAGUCUCAGUAAGCUUCUUGAGAUUUUUCUCCAAGUCUGAAGUUAUAUGUCACUGCUGAAUAUGUUUUUUUUUUCUUGUUUCUUAACAUGAGAAUGCCUUUUGAUGUACGGUAAUAAUAAAAGUCUCAAGAAACUUGUUAUGAGCAAAACUUGAUAUAUUAUAUUAUCAAAGAGCUUUUAUUUCAUUAUUCA